AUGUGUACUAACAAUAAUCCUUUAUAUCUGAAUAACAUUUUUGAUGAGACCCAUCCAGAAUUAAUAGAUUUACAUGAAAAUUUACAAGAAUUCCAAAAUGAUUUUAUGGAAACUUCAUCUGAAGAUAUUGAAACAGAAAAUAUUAUUGAGACCAAUGUGAUAGAAGAUUUUGAUGAUGACUUUGAUGAUGAAAUAAAUAAUGAAGUUUUUUCAGAAAUAGAAAUUAAAAAAUUUGAAAAAAUUUACAAUAAUGAACCAAUUGAAGAGUCAGAAAUUAGUGAAUUGGAAGCUGAGAAAGAAAAAUUAAAUAGAAAAAAUGAAGAAGCAAAAAAUUAUAUUAUAAACAUACUUAAAAAAAAAUGUUGUAAUAAAAAAUGUUUAGAAAAAAUUAAUCAAGAAGUUGCUAUUUUACGUUGUCAAAAUUAUAUUAAUUUAACUAAAGAUCAACAGAAUAUGUUUCUUUUGGGAAUUAUUUCAACAUCAACCAGAAAUUCAAUAACCUCAACUAGUGAUUAUAUGACAAUGGCUUUUGUGUUUGAUGGUAUAGCAAUAUGCAAUAAUGCUUUUUUAAAAUUAUAUAAUUUAUCAUAUGAUAGAUUAACUGCUUUAAAGAAUCACUAUAAAAAUAAUGAUAUUGUACCAAAGGUACAUUUGAAUAAAGGAAGGAAUGUUUCUCAUAAGCUCUCUUUUGAAACAGUAUUAAAAGUGCUUACUUUUUUAAAAAGUUAUGCAAAUUUGAAUGGUUUACCAUCACCAGGUCACCAUUUUGAAAGAGCUACAAAAGCAAUUAUUUAUUUACCUACAAGGGAUAACUACACAGAAAUACAUGAAAAAUUUUUAAAUGAUAUUGGAACUGGAUCAGAACAUCAUAUUAGUUAUUCAAGCUUUGACCACAGUUUAGAUAUUAAUUCAAUUAAUUUGGAUGAUGAAUUGAAAAUCAAAGAAGCAAUAGGGUUAAGUGCUUCUAGACAAUGUCAAUUUUCAUUUUCAUCAUCAUCAGUAGUUGAAGAAACUAAAAAGAAAACUACUGGUGGUCAAAAGAGAAAGGUUGAAGGUAUAGAACAAAGACAACAUGAAAGAGAUAAAAAAAGAAAACAAAUGACUGAUUUAGAGGCACAGAACACAGUUCUUAAAGAAGAAAAUAUACAUUUAUCAAAAAGAUUAAAGACUGUAGAAGAAGAAAAAUCAGUUUUAUUAGCUAAAUUAGAUACAAUUUUAGAGCAAUUUGCAGAAAUUUGA